AUGUCGUAUGCUGAGGGCAGCCAAAGGAAGAUGUACGCGUGGCGAGGAGAAUAUGCUCGCGAUGUUGCUACGAAUGAGCUGCAGGAAGUCAAGAUCAAGCUUGAGGCCAUAGUCUUCAUCGUCUCGCUGAUCAACUUCCAACGGUGCGCUACGCCAAUUUUCUUCGAGCGUAAUAACAAGGCGUUUUAG